AUGGUUCAGAAAUUGCAAGACGCAACAGAAAAGGCCAUUCGCAAGCUGGACCGGGAGGGCUACGACAAGAAGCUGUCCCAAGCCAGAGUGGAAAAGCUCUUUGACACGCAGCGGUUGCAAGACGUUGAAGCGUGCUGGGCCAAAGCAGUCCAUGCCGCGGAGGUGCGUUUGCAAAACAUGCUGCAGCAAUGCCUUGAUGCCGACGACGUCCUGGUGAUUCCAAAGCUGCAGGAAGAACUGGCGACCUCCAAACUACCGCUGACUUCGCACUCGCUACAGGUAUGGGUGAUGGAUGUGGAAAAAGGGCCGGGAUUCCAAACAUCACAAGAGCAAUGGCUGCUUUGCUAA